UUUAUCUCCAUGGUUUUUACUUCCUCUCAAUCAACUACUUGCUUCUGAUUUCUCCAUUUUUUUCAGGAUUUUUAGUUUUUAUUCGUGAAUUAGGUCUCUGUUUCUUUGAGAUUUGUGUUUGUGGGUUUUCGAAGACAUAUGUAGGUCCAGAAUGUUGAGUUAAAGAGAAGUCUUUUAUGUUCAGAUACAAGGAAGCUUAGGUCCGAACCACAUUGUUCCAUUUGUUCAUGUAAUUUUCUGGACAUGCAUUUCUUUUCGGCGCAGCUAUUUUAUGUGUGUUUUGAUUCGAAUCUUGCCGGAUUAUCUUAGUUAUAAAUUGCUUACUAGCUCUUUGCUCACUGUAGCUGGUACUGUUGUAUUUGCAAAUAUGGUUCUAUUUAUCUCCUUUUUGCUUUCAUAUUUUUAGGAAUUGUAUAGAAAAACCAGUGCGAAUUUUGUAUUUGAAUUUUGAAUAUGCACUUUCUCAAUAAAUCUUGUUUUCCACCUGGUCUCUGCAUAUUUUGCAGCUACGAAUGAAUUGAUAUUUGGGUUAUGUUCUUUUGAAAUUGGAAUCUUAAUUUACCUUUUUUGUUUUUCUUAAUUUAGAAGGCUUCCGCCCUUCUGCACGCAAAUUUUCUGAUGGGGAAUAUGAGACUAGGUCGUGUUUAGUUAUCAAAAUCAACGUUCUCAAAUUUUCAGGCAGUUUUCUUUUUGGGAGAAAUGGAGGAGUUCAUUUGAGUUGGCAUUGCAUCUAGCGGUGAGCUGCAAUGGGGAAGUCGGCAGGAAAGUGGAUCAAGACGGUGCUCUUUGGGAAGAAGCAUUCUAAGUCAAACUAUUACAAAAAUGUGACACCUAAUAAAAAGGCUGUGGUUAAGACCCCAGUCGAGGAUCCAGUUAGGGAUUCCUCUUUUAUAUCUUAUCAAUUUACCAAGAGUGGUGUAGAGAACUUGGAACUCGACAAAGGAACAUCUGGAUCUCGAUGUGAUGCUGUUGAUGCAGCUUGUGAGGAUCAAGGAAUCGAUUCACCAAAGCGUUAUGAGUUUGCUCCAGUCAGUGAUGAGGAUAUGAGGAGGCAAGAACAAGCUGCAACAAAAACUCAAGCAGUCUUUAGGGGCUACUUGGCUCGUCGUGCUUUUUGGGCUCUGAAGGGCAUCAUAAGGCUACACGCUCUUAUUCGCGGACAUCUGGUUAGAAGGCAGGCUAUUUCUACUUUGCGUUCCAUGCAGGCAAUUGUUAAGUUCCAGGCACUGGCUCGUGGAAGAAGCGUUUGGCUUUCGGAUGCUAUACCUGAAGUGGGGAAAGUAGAGCUUCAGGUAACUGUCGAUGCACACUCGGGGUCAUUUCUUGGGUCAGAAAUGCUAGCAAGUCACCCAUUUAUCCGGAAGCUUCUUGCAACAUCACCUACUGCUAUGCCCUCGAGUCUUCAAUAUGAUCUGGUUGAACCCAAUUCAGCUAGGAGCUGGCUUGGACGCUGGUCAUUAUCCCGCUUUUGGGAACCAUCUGUACGCACCAAGAAGACUAUGAGAACAAAGCCUCAGAGAAAGCCGGAGGCUGAACAUAUAAAACUGAAGAAGACUAUCCGAAAGGUUUCAACCAUGAUGCAUGGGGAAAAUGGUUGUGUAGCCUCUUCUGAAAUUGAUAAGCCCAAACGCGUCUUGAGGAAAGUCAGCAGUCAAACAGAGGUGGCGCAAGAACAAAACCAAAGUGAACUUGAGAGGGUUAAACGCAACUUGAGAAAGGUUUCAGCGUCUGCAGUAACAGCUCCUGAGAAACCUGGUCCAGAAACUGAGAAACCACAGCCUCUUCAUAGUGUGGAGAUAGUAGCGUUUGCUACUCCCGAUAUUUCUGAGCAGGAAAUGGUAGUUUCUCCUGAAAACCCAGGGGAUAUAGAUAUUCUAGCUGACCAAACAGAUUCUGCAGAUUUAUUUAAAGCCCCUGCAAAAACGACAAAGGAUGAGCCAAUUGACGUGGAACAAAAUAACUAUCCAGUUGCUGAGACUAAGACCCCUUCUUUGGAAAAUGAUGUGAAGAUGGAGAGUAUACCUUCUUUGGAUGAUGAAUCAAGCUGCAAGGAAGAACAGAAUUGCAAGGAAAAUCACAAGAUUAGGAAGAGGAUGUCCCUUCCAGCUAAGCCUGAUUAUCCUGAAAAUAUCUCACAGAAUUCCCCAAACUUACCGAGUUAUAUGGCAGCCACGAAAUCUGCCAAGGCCAAGCUUAGAGCUCAAGGAGCUGCUGCUAAAUUAGCUGGAGAAGCAAUAGAUUAUGGAAAUGCUCGUAGGCAUUCGUUACCAGCCUCUACCAAUGGCAAACUGAGCUCAUUGUUACCUAGGAUACAGAAGCCUUUGCAAGCUAAUGGCAAGGGAAGCAAAGUUAACAAAUCAUUAACAGUCUCUAGAGAUGACAACGUGGUUCAGCCUGGUUGGAGGAGAUGACAGUGUAGCAGUUACCUGAGAUGGGGUGUCUUGGAAGCAUCGCAUGACAGUGUGUAACUCUGUUGCCAAGUUGAAUGUGACAUGCCAAGUUUUAGGUCGUUUGAUAUGUUGUCGUCUUUGUUUUGUAUGCGAGGGUUUACUUAAGAAUGUAUAGCUGUAGAUGACUAAUUCGAAAAUUAACGGUGUGCUUCAUUGUUUAAUUUGUUGCUUCUCUUACAUCCCCUAAA